CGUUCUACUCACCUGGCAUUCAGUCACUGAGUUCGGGACCUUCCAACCUUCACACUUCGCCCACACCUUCUCCGACACAACGCCGAUUAUCGCGCGGUGCGUCCCGGUGACAAGUCGUUACACUCGCUCACACGAGUCGAUCGGAUUUCUGCACCUUCUCGACUAUAGGCGCUUCGGCAUCCGCUUCUGCUGCACCACCGCUGCGCAGCCCGCAGUCAACAUUCUCGACGGUUUACAAGCUCCGAGACGGCACAGGCCACGGCUCUAGCAACGCUGCGGAAGAACAGGUUAUUGGGUCACACAUACCUGUAACCAACCGGCCAACAGGGCAUGACAGCGACCUCUUCGUCGCUGUAUUCGCUGGUGCAUUCCAGUUUCGCUUUCGGUCUUCUGUACUGAAUCUCUCCGAGUGAGAGUUAUUAGCCCACCAUGGCCGAUCCUUUUGCGCCUCGAUCCAUGAAGCGCAAGAACGUCAAGGGCCUCGCCCUGACGCCUGCUGCGCCCAAGCCUCCCCCCACCGCUGAGACUAGCAUAGCUGGAUACGAUCCCCGUGAUAAGGAUGGCGGCGACCAGUCAGCGCAGUUGGAAAUCGGUAUCGAGUACAAGCUGGAUCUGAGACCAGAGGACCUGGAGAUUUUAAAGGAGCUCGGUUCAGGAAAUGGCGGCACUGUUAGCAAAGUCAAGCAUGUUCUGACUGGAACUGUCAUGGCACGCAAGGUCAUCCACGUGGAAGCCAAGAAGGAGAUGCGCAAGCGCAUCGUUCGUGAGCUUCAGAUCAUGCAUGGCUGCUCCUCCGAGUACAUCGUAAAUUUCUACGGCGCCUUUCUGAAUGACCACAACGAUGUCAUCAUGUGUAUGGAGUACAUGGAUGUUGGUGCUCUUGAUCGUGUAUCAAAGGUUUUCGGUCCCGUUCGAGUCGAUGUGCUAGGCAAAAUCGCUGUGGCUACACUGGGAGGAUUGACCUAUCUUUACUCGAAGCAUCACAUCAUGCACCGAGACAUCAAGCCGUCCAACAUCCUUGUCAACUCCAGGGGAAGCAUCAAGCUGUGUGACUUUGGUGUUUCUGGCGAACUGAUCAAUUCGGUUGCAGACACCUUUGUCGGAACGUCGACGUACAUGGCCCCUGAGCGAAUUCAGGGUGAGAAGUACACAGUCAAGUCCGAUGUCUGGAGCUUCGGUCUGACCAUUAUGGAAAUGGCCAUUGGCAAAUUCCCUUUCAACGCAAGCGAGCAACUCUCGGACGGAGAGUGUGCACCGGCAGGUAUUUUAGACCUUCUGCAGCAAAUUGUGCACGAGCCCGCGCCUAGACUACCAAAGAGCGAUGCCUUCCCCUCGAUUCUGGAAGACAUGAUUCAAAAGUGUCUCUCCAAGGUUCCCGACGAAAGACCUACUCCCCAGGAGCUUUUUGACCGUGAUCCAUUUGUCCAGGCUGCGAAGAGAACACCGGUCGACCUCAGAGAGUGGGCGGUGGGGAUGAUGGAGAGAGACAACCGCAAAUCUCACUUGGCGCCUCAACUGUCACCGGCCACUCGUGAUCUUCUGAACUCGAAUGAUUCUCCUACGUACCACGGCGGGUCUGGAAAUGAUAGAUCUCUCGAUACGCCAACUUCAGGAGAGAUCCCUAUAGCGGGUGCUGGUAUCAUCUCCCCGCGAGAACUCGCCAGCCACUCCAACCGUUCCCCUACUCGAAACGGGCUCAACCCCUUAAGCAGUCGACAGCCGGGCGGCCAUCCUGGAAUGGGACAGAGGAUUGUUACUACCAAUUCUAUUCCCAAAUCUGGCGAGUACCCGAGCAGCGCCGGCCCUGUGAGUGCCAAUGCCACUUCAUUCAGCCUGCCUGUUCGCCCUGCCCCCAAUGGUCCUCUCCCGCCUGCCCCUCCUCGAAAGGGGACUCCCGAUGACACAAGACGUGAGAAUCGACGACAGGCAACAUUCGGUAUGCCACCGGCGCCCAGAAGUUACGCCAAUGAUGUGUACAAUGGUACCUCCAAUUAGUUGCAAGAGGGCUCAAACUACAUCCACGGUGUUGCGCCUCAACCACACCAAGCAAAAUCACUGCAUAAUAGAGCAUCAGGCCACGCCGUUUGCCUACAACAGCCAGACUCAUCUUUCGAUCAAGGACCGAGAACCUG